CCCUCACUCUACCCUCGCACUGAUCCCUCACUCGCAAAGACAACCCUAGUUUUGCAGAGUGAGAGAGAUUACCACCUAAGUUACCCGCAAUGGCUCUCUCCGUCGAGAAAAGUAGCAGCGGCCGCGAGUACAAGGUCAAGGACAUGUCCCAGGCCGACUUCGGCCGCCUCGAGAUCGAGCUCGCCGAGGUCGAAAUGCCCGGCCUCGUCUCCUGCCGCACCGAAUUCGGACCCUCCCAACCCUUCAAGGGGGCUCGCAUCACCGGAUCCCUCCACAUGACCAUCCAGACCGCCGUCCUCAUCGAAACCCUCACCGCUCUCGGCGCCGAGGUCCGCUGGUGCUCCUGCAACAUUUUCUCCACCCAGGACCACGCCGCCGCCGCCAUCGCCCGCGACAGCGCCGCCGUCUUUGCCUGGAAGGGCGAAACCCUCCAGGAGUACUGGUGGUGCACCGAGCGCGCCCUCGACUGGGGCCCAGGUGGUGGACCCGAUCUGAUCGUCGACGACGGCGGUGACGCCACCCUCUUGAUCCACGAGGGAGUCAAGGCCGAGGAGGAGUUCGCGAAGUCCGGGACGCUCCCCGACCCGUCUUCCACCGAUAACCAGGAGUUCCAGCUCGUUCUGACCAUCAUCAGAGAUGGCUUGAAGACCGACCCCAAGAGGUACCACAAGAUGAAGGACAGGUUGGUCGGAGUCUCGGAGGAGACCACCACCGGCGUCAAGAGGUUGUAUCAGAUGCAGGCCAGCGGCGCUCUCUUGUUCCCCGCCAUCAAUGUCAAUGACUCUGUUACCAAGAGCAAGUUUGACAACUUGUACGGAUGCCGUCACUCUCUCCCCGAUGGUUUGAUGAGAGCCACCGAUGUUAUGAUUGCCGGAAAGGUUUCCGUUGUCUGUGGAUACGGAGAUGUUGGAAAGGGUUGUGCUGCUGCCCUCAAGCAAGCUGGAUCCCGCGUGGUUGUGACUGAGAUUGAUCCAAUCUGUGCCCUCCAGGCUCUUAUGGAAGGCCUUCAGGUUCUUCCCCUUGAGGAUGUUGUCUCUGAGGCCGAUAUCUUUGUUACCACCACCGGUAACAAGGACAUCAUCAUGGUUGACCACAUGAAGAAGAUGAAGAACAAUGCCAUUGUUUGCAACAUUGGUCACUUUGACAAUGAGAUUGACAUGCACGGUCUUGAGACAUACCCCGGAGUGAAGCGCAUCACCAUCAAGCCUCAAACCGACAGGUGGGUCUUCCCCGAGACCAACAGCGGCAUCAUUGUGUUGGCUGAGGGCCGUCUCAUGAACUUGGGCUGUGCCACUGGACACCCCAGCUUUGUGAUGUCCUGCUCUUUCACCAACCAAGUGAUUGCUCAGCUCGAGUUGUGGAAUGAGAGGAAGUCCGGCAAGUACGAGAAGAAGGUGUAUGUCUUGCCUAAGCACCUUGAUGAGAAGGUUGCUGCCCUUCAUCUUGGAAAGCUUGGAGCUAAGCUCACCAAGCUCACCAAGGAGCAGGCUGACUACAUCAGCGUGCCGGUCGAGGGUCCAUACAAGCCAGCUCACUACAGGUACUGAAGAGGGAUCGUCACUGAGACAAGAAAUGAGAAAAAGAAAACUAUAACUAGACGACGGGUUGUUUUUGGCUUUUGAUUAUUUUUUACUUGUGAUGAAAUGCGAUAGAAUUUCUAGGUUUUUAAAUUUUGUAAGAGAGUUUGUGUUGGUGGGCUUCGGAGGGAAUGAGGGAAGGGGAUGAUUUAGGUCUCAAUGGAAGACCUGGGGCUUGAAUAAGGGAAUGGGACGUGGUUGCGUGAGAUAAUUUCUGCUGCAGCAUCACUUGUGGUGCUGCAUCCGGAUAUCUAUCAUUUUACCAGCAAGAAAUGGAUCAAAAAAAAAAAUGAACCAGUUACCGUCA